UCCUCUUGAGAAGUAGUACUCCUGUAUGGAACCAUGGGAGAGAAACGGGAGCGAGAGCGCCAAGAAGACGAUGACCUCGCCGGCGCCGCCGGUGGCCGCUCUCGGCGAUGAUCUCCUGGGCGAGAUCUUCCUCCGCCUCCCCGACAUGGCGUCGCUUGCCAGCGCCGCCCUCGCCUGCAAGAGCUGGGCCGAGUAGCCCGCGUCCCAGCCAUCUACCGCCGCUUCCAGUCCCUUCGCAGGCCCCCACUCGUUGGCUUCAUCCUCACCGACCGCAGCGACAUGCCCGUUCCCCACCACUGCCCUAAACUCCGCUUCGUCCCCGCCGAAUCCCGUAAUCCCGACGUGGCCUCCGCCGCCGUUGACGGCGACUUCUUCUUCGAAGACCUCCCCACCAUAGAUUCGGACGACGACGGCGAAGGGGACUACUACGACGAGUGGCGCCUCCGCGGCUGCGACGGCGGCCUCCUCCUCCUUUCCCGCGGCCGCUAUGCUUUGGAUCUCGCCGCGUAUGACCCCCUCGCGCGGACAGCCGUCUUCUUCCGCCCUCCCCACGCCUGGCGCUAUUCGUCCCACAUCGUGCGCUACGCCAUCUUGGCGGACGAUGCGGACGCCUCGUUCCGGGUCAUCGUCAUGGAGCGCUGGGCCGGCUCACGCUCCGCCGUCUUCUCCUCCCGCACCCGCGAAUGGGACAUGCUUGAGUCGCCGGGUACGCCUGCGAUGUAUAACUUCAUCCCAUGCAGCACCGACGGCACGCCCGCGGGCCGCUACGUGUACUGGCGGUCAGACACCAAGAAGUCCCGGUAUUGCAAGGACGACGAGAAGAUCUUGGUGCUGGAGAUGGAAGCAAUGGUGUGGUCGGUUAUCAAGCCGCCAUUCCCUCCUGGCGAAUCGUACUGCGUCGCGGACAUGGCGGAGCACGGCGGGCUCUGCAUUGUGUCCAGCAAAGAGCAGUGCGUGCAGCUCUGGGUCCGUGACAGCAAUGCUGAGUGGAUGCUCAAGAAGGAGGUUUCGUUGCUGAAUGAGUUUGGAUACCUGAAGAAGCUUCGUCUUGAGGAGUGGAUGAAGCGCGUGCGCAUCCUGGCAAUGAAGGCUGGCUAUGUGUACAUGGAGUUUUGGUCCAUAGGGAAGCCCCAUUCAUAUCUGUUCGUGCUAAAUCUGAACACCACAAAGCUGGAAUUCUUCUGCAACAAGUCGACCGAGCCUCACAGAGGUCCUGCGUUUCCGUUCUUCAUGCGGUCGGCACCUCUGCCUGCUCCAGAUGAUGAGUAAGAAAUUUCAAGGCGCUUGAUACAAUGGAGUAGGUCAAGUUGUUACUUCUAGCUUCGAUUAGCCGAAGUUGGGUUAAUUGGGGCAUAAGAGUGUCAUCCAGAUGUCAGUUUGAAUUGGAAUCACGGAAGCCGAUUGGAUAACCAUCUUUUGUCUUGCAAUCUCUGUUUUCACAUGGAAUGUAGGCAUGGCAGAACAGUCUUGCUCCGACAACAGCUGCUGCUUUAUCUGAAUUUAGUGCUUUUCGAGUUAUGUUACCCAUUUCCUGUUAGUUUUAUUCAAACUUCCUAUCUGAACUGAGAUGGUUUUAUUUAAUUUCAGUUGUGUUGUCUUGUUGCUUGAACGUGAGUGACAACUGAAUUCUUACUGCUGUGUAGUAGAGCUUUUGUAUUUUUCUCUUUAUAUAUGCAGUCUUUAUUAUUAUUA